AUGUCCAAAGCAACCUUGGCCGUCAUCGCCGCCGCCAGUGCCGCCACUGGUGCUGGUGUCACCGCGCUGCUCUACGGCAAACCCAGAGCGCAACAGCAGCAACCACAAAUUCCUCCCACCCCGAACACAGCCGGCAUCGCAGCUCCCUCAGCGAUCCCAGCACCGGCACUGGCUGCCAAGGCUGCUCUUGGUCCCGUCAACCCCGCCGGGAUCAUGCAAUAUGGGUUCCCAGGCCCAGUCGCCGACGAGCUCUCCAACCUUGUCCUGCACGGUGCUUUGGACCGUCGCACGCGUAACCCCUCCUGGGUCGCCGAACACAUCACGCCCGAGUCCCUUGCUUUGAACAAUGCCGACCGCAAGCACAGCACCUUCACCGAGGACGCACACAUCCCGGCCAUGUUCCGCGCCAAGCUAGCAGACUACUUCCGCUCCGGCUAUGACCGCGGCCACCAGGUUCCCGCUGCGGACGCCAAAUGGUCCCAGCCGGCUAUGGAUGACACUUUCUCCCUGAGCAACAUGUGCCCUCAGGUUGGCGAGGGUUUCAACCGUGAUUACUGGGCGCACUUCGAGACCUUCUGCCGUGACCUCGCGAAGAAGUACCCGUCUGUUCGCAUCGUUACUGGCCCUCUGUACCUCCCCCACAAGGAUCCCGAUGGAAAGUGGCGUGUCAACUAUGAGGUGAUUGGCAACCCACCUAACGUUGCUGUGCCCACCCACUUCUACAAGGUUAUCUACGCCGAGGACGGCACCAACUUACCCACCAGCAAGGUUGCCUUGGGUGCCUUCGUGCUGCCCAAUGCCCGCAUUUCCAACGACAAGCGCCUGACUGACUUCGAGGUCCCCAUCGAGGCCGUUGAGCGUGCCUCUGGUUUAGAGUUUGCAGCCAACCUGGACCUCAGCCGUCGUCGUCGUCUGUGCCAGGAGGUGGCUUGCCAGGUUACUGUGCGCGAGUUCAACAACGCCAAGAAGCGCAACUAA